AACGGCACAAAGGACAGACAGUUGUAGGUAAGGCAGUGUAAAGGCUCAUGUAGUCAUAGAAGAAGGAGGGUAAUUUAACUACAUAAUUGGUAAAAAGCUGAAAUAGAGUAUACAAUGUCACAUGGACAUAGACAAAUUUCAAGAAAAUGUAAACAGGAAAAGUCAGAACAUGUUACAUCGAGUUUAGCAACUUGAUGAAUCCAAUCACACAUUGGACAUGACGGUCUUGCAACGACAAAUGUGUGCCACGCCCACGCCACGAUCAAAAAUGUGUCGAGAAGAAAACUUGUUGAAAGGAAGAUGGGGAGGAAGAAAUACCAUCGUAAAAAUACCCUUUACAUCCUCAGGGGUUUACCUGGCACAAAAAGAUCACGCAAAGCAAGAAACAUUCAGGAUAAGUGUGGAGGAAAAAUCAUCCGUGCUACCGAUUAUUUCCGCGAUUAUCAUGGCUUCAUUGGUCCUAAACAACGUAACGACUCACACAUAUGGGCACGGUGGAGAGCUCUACAAGCCAUGGACCAAGGGGUGGACCCAAUCAUCAUUGACAAUACCAACGUGUCGCUCUGGGAGAUGUAUCCAUAUGUCCUAAUGGGUUUUCACCGUGGCUACUGGAUUGAAUUAAUUGAAAUGCCCCGUGAUGCUACUCUUGGGAGGUUAUACUGGAAUUGUCGAGGUGAAAUCUCAUUUACAAAGCUGGAAAGCAUGAGUGCGCGAUACCAGGAAGCAAGUAACAUCUUCGACAUCCUGAAUGACGAGUAUUCACAAGAGAACUGGGAGAAUGAAAUGAUAGACAACGACUGGUGACCCUCCAGUGUGGCAUGUGUGUGCCGUUCCCUCCUUGAGGGGGAAUUGUUAUUAUUGGAAUGAAAAAGGAAUUGUCAGAAAGUCAUGCAUCAUUCAUACUCAUCAUUCAAUAAAUUCUGAUACUUUGUGAGCCUA